GCUCAUCUGGCAAUACUUUUUACAAGCUCCAAAGGAAAGGGUGCUGAGCAUCAUCCUGGGCAGUGGGAGUGGAGAUGUUUACUUCUUUUGGUUUUCUGAAGGAAUAUUUGCCACCCCGCAGCCAUGCCGUGGACAUCCCGCCGGCCGUUUCCAUGAAGCCUAACGGGGAGUGCAGCAGGGAGGAAGCGGGGUGGUUGUGACUGACGGAGGGAGGAUGUACUGGGCAGCUGGCUUCGCCUCUUCCCGGCCGUGUGUGGUUGAACUUGGGCGAAAUCACAGCCUGCCCCUCGAACUGUGCGCCUCCGAGCAGCAGCAGUCUUUGUAUGGCUAUAUCAUCGCCUUCCCUUUACAGGACUACGGAGGCAUCAUGUCGCUUCUGGGCUCGGACUCCUGGUGGAAAAAGACCCUGUACAUCACCGGGGGGGCCCUGCUGGCUGCUGCAGCCUACCUACUGCAUGAGCUGCUCGCCAUCAGGAAGGAGCAGGAGCUGGACUCUAAAGAUGCCAUCAUCCUCCACCAGUUCUCCAGGCCAAAGAAUGGUGUUCCCAGCCUCUCGCCCUUCUGCCUCAAAAUAGAGACGUACCUGCGCAUGGUGGAUCUGCCCUACCAGAACUACUUUGAUGGGAAGCUGUCACCACAAGGUAAGAUGCCCUGGAUUGAGUACAACCAUGAGCAAGCUUCAGGGUCAGAGUUCAUCGUGGACUUCCUGGAAGAGAAGCUGGGCGUCAACCUCAACAAGAACCUCACCCCGCAGGAGAGAGCUGUGUCCCGAGCCAUCACCAAAAUGGUUGAGGAGCACCUCUACUGGACAAUAGCUUACUGUCAGUGGGUGGACAAUGUAGAGGAGACCCAGAAGCUUCUGGCGAUGAGUGGCCCUCUGAGCGACACUCUGAAGUGGCUGCUGAGCCACCUGAAUGGCAGCAUGGUACGCAGAGAGAUGUACGGCCAUGGCAUUGGGCGCUUCUCCAAAGAGGAGGUCUACACUCUGAUGGAGAAGGAUAUGAGGACCCUGGCCACACUGCUGGGAGAUAAGAAAUACUUCAUGGGCUCUAAGAUGUCAACAUUAGACGCUACAGUAUUUGGGCAUCUAGCCCAGGCUAUGUGGACCCUACCUGGGACACGGCCAGAGCAGCUCAUCAAAGGAGAGCUGAUCAACCUGGCCAUGUUCUGCGAGCGGAUGCGGAGGAGGUUCUGGCCCGAGUGGUUUGUGGAUGUGGAGGAUCUUUAUUAUGAUGGUGACAGUGAAAGCAGCAGCUGCAGCGGCGGUGGCUCCCCUACAGGCCUGCUGGACUUUGGUCUCUUCUCCAGGACUAACACUCUGGACGACAGUGAUGUCAGCAGCCACUCAGCUGAACACUCACACACACACUCUCCAGACUCUGACCACUCGCUCUUUGACUCGGACGUUGGCACAGGGUCUGACAAUGACAUUCAUCUUAAGGAGGAGUCAAUGCCAUCCCUGGAGGUUUGACCUGAAAGGCUGUGACUGGCUGGCAAAUUGAUACUGGAGCAAUCAGCACCACAAGUUGUUGCGUGGUUUUUCUGAAUAAACUGGUUGAAAGAGUUUGUCGAGAUGACAACUCUCACAGCUGAAGGAAGUAUUCCAGCUCCUCUACUUCCAAUACCCGGCAUAUUAUAGCUUCCUUGUGGACAGCCUGGGCAUUAAUUAGCAUAAAAACUGAUGGUUAUAAUAAACAUGCUACUGUCCUGUAUGUCCUCUCUCCUAACACCUGAACUGUCCCUGUGGCAGUUUUCUCUUUGCCUUAUUUGUCUCAUCCUAAAAUGCAGAAGCUGGUGUGAAAGGUUAGCAGACAGAAAAUAUCUUCUGAAAAGUGCGUUGAAAACAAAAGGAGUGCUCCAGACAAGACAGGUGGCAUUUCACUUGCUAUGAAAUGAUGCAACUAAUCACCGCUCUGCCAUGUAACUUAACGCACAAAACCCAUUAAAACAGGUGGAAAGUGAUCAUGUGGCUGAAAGGAACAGCUGGUGCAUCUCGACUGUUAACUUUCCAUGUGCUCGAGAAGACGCACCGUUGACACUGAGUGCCAGUGUCUACCCCAGACUGAUCCUUAUGUCAUAUCCUUUAUGCUACUGUGUGGGGAAAGAAUCUGUAUCAAAAAAUGAUAUGUCAGACAACAACACUAUAUCCACUAGUAGGUCUGUUGAAUAGAAGUCAGGAUAAAAGAUUUGUGCCUGUUUCAUUUGCUUAUCCUCCUUGUUAUUGAGGAGCUUGGAGUUUUUGCUUGACUAAUUUCAGCAUCCUUUAGGUUUUAUUGAAGAGCUGUAGUUUUUCUGUUAGACCACUAGAUGGAGUCAUGAGUCAGCCCCGGUGUCUCCUCCAUUCUGUAACAUCAAGGUCAUUCCUCCCAGAAGACCUGCAGUGACUCCUUUAGUCCUGAACAUUGUGGUUUCCAUUUAUAGGUUACCUAUCGGUGUGUGUAGCUGUGAUGGGCAAUUGCAUGUACACUUGCAUACUGUGACUGAGCAACAAAUCAGCCUUAGCGCUCAUACUAAGAAAAGGAUGACAAUACUCUGCAGCAGUUUUUGUUGUGAUAUAAUUUAUUAUCAGUGCCACUUUAGUAACAAUAUUUCUAUAUGAACUUAUGUGUCAAACAUAUAUUUUGUUAAUCUUUGCUUUUCUUAUUUCUCUCAAAGAGAGAUGCUGUUUUGCACCAGUGGAAAAUGUUCUUUUCACUUUAUUUCAGUGGGAACAGAGUGAUGUGGGAAUCCACAAUAGUCCAAAGGAAUGGGAAACAUAAAUGUGUAUAUCAGCAGUGCAGGAUGCUGACUGCUUAGGUUGCCUGUGUGUGUGUGAAUGCCAUCAAUGAAGUAGUUUAUGAAAAAGGCUUUGCAGCGACAGUCAGAAUACCAAUGGCCCUUAAUAUUGUUAAGUGGGGAAUCUUGAGUAAAAACUUACAAAAUUAUGUCAGGAAGUGUUUCACAUUUGUCUGUCAUAUUACACUUGGUGGUUAUGCUCCUAUUGGUACAGUAUGAUGGCUGUGAAAAAAACUGUGAUGGAUAUAGAGUAGAUGUGAAUUAGAUUAAAGGAAUAGUUCACCCAAAUUACAAAUAUUUUUACUCACUUACCUGCAGUGGUACUGAAUCAGGUACAUAAUUUUAGUUUUGAUUCCCUGAGUUUUGACAUACAGUGGGUACGGAAAGUAUUCAGACCCCCUUAAAUUUUCCACUCUUUGUUAUA